AUGACAGAAGAUCCCAAGCAAGACCCGGUCGUCGCCGACAAAGAAGUGUCAAACACUUCUCAGUCCUCGCUAGCCAACACAGAUGAGAAGCCAACCAAUGAUCCCGCAGCCAACGUCGUCGACGUCGAGCGCGCGGGCGAGACCCAAGGCUACGUCCUCGACGAGGACAAACUCAAGCGGCAACUCGGUCUGAGCCCCGACGCUCAUCUCAAAAAGUCGUCCGACGGCAAAGUCCUGAUCCCUCAACCAAGCGACAGCCCCAAUGACCCACUAAACUGGUCCAAGUGGCGUAAACUCGCCAUCCUGGUUGUUCUCUCCAUCAACGCAGCGACCGCCGACUACUCAGCUGCGACCGGUGGCAGCGCGCUCUUGCCUCAGGCCGAGCAGUGGCGCAUCUCGCCCAACACCGUGAACCAUGCCACUGCCGGCAACACCUUUAUGCUCGGCGUUGGUGGUCUUGCCGCUGUCUGGUUGAGCGCCUGGGCUGGUCGACUGCCGGUUCUUUUCUGGUUCGGGUGCUUAAGCGCUGCUACGGCCGCGUGGACUGCUGCGGCCAAGUCUUUCGAGAGCUAUAUGGCUGCGCGGAUUCUGAACGGGUUCUUUUCUGUGGCUGCUGCGGGAGGUGGUCUCAUGUGGAUCAAGGACGUCUGGUUCUUCCACGAGCACCCCCGAAAGAUCAACAUUUGGUCGACCGCCAUCAUCUUAAGUCCUUUUCUGGGCCCUCAAUUCAUGGCUGCGAUCCUCAGCACGUCUACCUGGCGCACUGGGAUGUGGCUCUGCUUUGGCCUGAUUGCCUGGGUCUGGUGGUAUAACCAUACCAUGAUGUUCCCCCAGUCGCUUCUUGUGCAUAAUGGCAAUGACCGCCUGGCUCCCGCCAAUAGGAUGCGAUGUGCUCGCAGUACAGCUGCAGACCUCUCAAACCAUCAGGUCGCAUCCUUCAGGAGCAAGACUGCCUACCUCACUGUCGCUAACAAGUCGAUUCACCUUAGAUCACGUGCGAUGCGCCUCAUCGGUGUGGAGCAAUACCGCACGAACUGGACGACCAACACCCUCCUCGAGUCCGGCUCCCGUCUCUUCCUCACCCUGACGAAGCUGCCCGUCCUCCUCACCUGCCUGUUCUACUUCUUCGACUUCCCCUGGACGAUCGCCACCAACACCACCAUCUCGGUGUUGAUCAUCCCAGCGUACAACUUUGACUUCCUCAACCUCGCGGCGAUAUACACCGCCCCAGUCAUAGGCGCCAUACUCGGCCUCGUGGUAAGUCUCUUGUUCCGCUACACAUCAAUGGUCCAUUCUUUGCCUCUGCCGUUAGCAGUGAUUAAAGUCCUUCCGUCUGAUAACCUCCCUCUCAAGGUCGGCCACUUCCUCUUCGACAUAAUCGGCCAUGUGUACGCACGCUUCCACUCCGGCGUCAUCGAGCCCGAGGCCCGCCUCAUCAUGAUCUGGCUCGUCCUGCCCUUCAAGCUGAUCGGCUACAACCUCAUCGGCACCGCUCUGCAACAACACUGGUCAUACUGGAUCGUCGCUGUGGGAUGGGGCAUGCACAACUUCAGCACCAUCGCCACGACCGCCGCCGUGGGCGCGUAUCUGAUCGAUGCCUACCCGGAAGCAUCGGGCGAGAGUGCAGCGUGGUUGAAUUUCUGGAGGACGAUUGGUGGGUUCAUUAUCGGCUAUGUGCAGUUGGAGUGGGCAGCGAGUGCAGGAACGCAAGUCGAGUAUGGGAUUCAGUCGGGGAUCAUGGCUGCCGCUUUCGUGGUGAUUGUUGUGUUGACGUUUUUCGGGAAGAGGUUGAGGAGGGCGCAGGGUCCGUUGAAGUUCAAGACGUAUUGA